AUGACUUCAGAAAAUUUUAAAACGCUUUAUGUUAGUGAUACUGGUAAUAAUGCAGAUUCUGUGGAAUGGUGUCCCAUUUCACCAUAUAAAAAUUCAUUUGCAUGUGGUACUUAUCAUUUAAUUGAAAGCAAUGAAAAACCUGAUGAAGAAAAUGAUAAUAAUGCAUGUACUAGAAGUGGAGGUGUAAUCAUUUACACAAUAUGCAAAGAUCGAUUGGAAAAAAAUUGCCGAGUAGAUUGCCCUGCUGUUUUAGACAUGAAAUGGUGUAAUGAAAAAGUGAAUGAUGAUAUUGUUUUAGCUGUUGCAAAUGCAUCUGGUGAAGUUGUCACAUACACGUUUAAAAAUUACAUUUUGAAAUUUUUAUCAAAAUGUUCGAUUAAAACCCAAAAAGAUUAUUUAAUAUUGGCUUUAGAUUGGACUAAGAAAAACGAUGAAAAUUUAAUUUGCUGCAGCGAUUCGAAAGGAAAUAUUUCUAUUAUUAAAUUUUUAAAUAACACUUUAACCAUCAUAAAGGAAUGGAAUGGCCACUCAUUAGAGGCUUGGGCUGUUUGUUUUGAUUCUUUUCAAAAUAAUAUCAUUUAUUCAGAUGAAGGAGUUUUCAAAAUGUGGGACACAAGAAAAGAUAAUUCUGGUGAAAUUAUGACAUCAAAAACACAUGGAGCUGGAGUAACCGUUUUAAAUUCAAAUCCUUUUGAUGAAUUCUCACUGGUUAGCGGAGGCUACGAUGAAAACGUUUUCUUUUGGGAUACGAGAAAUUGGAAAUCACCGCUUAAAACGAUCACAGCCGGCGGUGGAUUAUGGAGACUAAAAUGGCACCCGAGCGGUAAACAAAAAUUUUUAUUGGCAGCUUGCAUUUACGGAGGAUUUCAAAUUUAUGAUCUUUCAUCUUAUAAAUCGAUAAGCGAAUAUAAAGAACAUGAAAGCAUGGCGUACGGAGCAGAUUGGUCUUAUUUAAAUCAAAAAGAAAUGGAAGAAUUAUUAGGAUGCAGUCAAUCUAGUUUAAUUGCUACUUGUUCGUUUUACGACCGGAAAUUGUGCGUGUCCACUUGGAGCCAAAAUUCAAAUAAAUAA